GCGUUCGUCGUUCAAAGCGAAUGCGAACUAACGUAUUUUUACGAAACAACGUCCAGCGCGUAUCUACGCGAGAUAAGGAUUAUUAUUGUUUGCAAUUUUAUGUUUCACUAAGCAAACAAAGCCGUUUGAUAUUUGAAUACACUGGUUUCAAUAAUCCGAUAACAAUAGACGUAGGUACAUAAUAGAUGGAAUCAAAUUGGUUGCUAAAGAAAAAAAUUAUCAUAGUAAAAACAUUCGUAUCUACAAUAUCAUGAAUUUAAAUUUUUUAAUUCGCUUUUUAUUUUGAAUAAACAGCGAAGACGUGAACUAUAUGAAAUAUUUUUAAUUAAAACGUUGUGUCUUCAGAAACUGAACACCGAAUACCUACAUGAUUUGGAAACCUGAUUAUCGACGCGUUUUGAUCACCCGAAGACACUAGUAAUAUUCCUAGACUAUUAUACUGCUUUUCGAAUUAAUUUCACCACAUAAACAAAGUAAAAUUCCACUGUUAUCGUCAAGGAUAUGUAUGUAGUCGUAAUUGCGCUAGUGCUGGGAUUGUAAACAAUGUUAUCUUCGUGAGAUAAAGCAUUCAUUACCGUUGCUGCAUUUUGUGCAGUCGUCGUUAUUAUAGUAAAGAAGACUUUGAGAGAAGAAAAGAAAGAAAAAAAAAACAAAAAUGCGGCGUUAUGGUUAGAGGCGCGGCGACGCGUGUCUCGCUUGCCUGCCGUCUCUGUAACUCAAAAGUGCUCAAAAGUGUUCGAUUUGUGUAACAGUGCGCACGUGUUUGUCCCGUGCACGCGGAACAGCUGACUAACCGAACUAGUUUCUGUGAAGAAAUACGAGAUUCUGGUAUAUUCAUGAUUGAAGUUCUGAAAUGUCUCUAAGAGGAUACAGCACGAAACUUUAAUUCUUCAUGUCAAAGAGAUUCACGACGUUCAUGAACAAAAACAAUUACAGCUACGAAAGUGUUCUUUUCGGGAGUGUGAGAUCGAGGACUAGCCGGUCCUUGAUGUACCCGAUAAGCUACAACCCCUGCGCCCUGACACUCUGCAUCUCAAAGAAGCCUUGUCGUUACUCAGCUAGAGAUCCAAGAUUAAGAUACGGGUCAAGAGAACUAAGCACCUCCACGUAGACGUCUCGUCUAGUUGGAUUUUAUAUCCAGUUUCGGUAGUUUCGACGUCCUUAGAGGACUCAAGUCUGCGUGCUCAUUAAGCACUGUUCGUGGUCGCUCCAUUGACUAAUGGACACGGAACGUACAUAUGCAAAUGGAGUCGCCGGUAAUGAGAAGUAUCUCAAGUACGAGCAUAAAGUUCCGUCUGAAGAGGAGAAGACUACGUCUCCUUUAUUAGAGAAGGACAAUAUAGAGUUUAUUGAUGGUGUAGAUUUGAAGAAAGAUGAGGGAACUCAAGAUUCAGAUAGAAAAGAUGACGGAAAUAACUUGACGGUUGGUUACUAUAAAGACGGGAAAGAAGAUGAUGCGACAUCAACUAAUGAAGGUGUAAAGUUCUUUGGGCUAGGAGAUGCAGAUAGUAUAUGUUCUAGUGGACCACCGCCGGAGUCAACUCCGCAAAUACCAGAUGGCGGUUGGGGCUGGGUGGUUGUGGCUGCUUCAUUUCUAGUAGCGACAGUAGCAGACGGCCUGGCAUUUUCUUACGGGCUGAUAAAUGACAAGUUCGUCCUUUACUUCGAGACCAGCGAAGCGAAAACUUCGCUUAUCGGAAGUUUGUUUAUAUCCGUUCCAUUGAUCGCUGGGCCAAUUAUGAGUGCUUUAGUCGACAGAUACGGAUGCAAGAAUAUGACUAUAGUUGGCGGGGUUGCGUCUACAAUCGGAUUCGUUGCUGCAUCAUUCAGCAAUUCCGUUGAAGUCUUAUAUGUUACUUAUGGUAUAAUGGCUGGAUUAGGUAUGGGACUAUUGUAUGUUACAGCUGUCGUAUCAAUAGCGUUUUGGUUUGAAAAGCGCCGUAACUUAGCCGUCGGGCUCGGCUCGUGCGGAGUUGGCUUUGGAACAUUUAUUUACUCUCCCUUGACGACCUACUUACUUGAUGAAUACGGUUGGAGAGGUGCCUUACUACUACUCGCUGGCACGGUACUAAACGUGUGCGUGUGUGGUAUGCUCAUGAGGGACCCUGAAUGGCUGAUUCUGGAACAAAAAAAGCAAAGACAGUUGAGUAAGGCAAAGAGAGCUUCCAGUUCUAUGUCGAUCUCGGCUAGAUCUGCAAAGUCUGGUGGAGCGGAGUCCAUGUACCCUGGAGUCGAGGAAAUUAAGACAAUGAUAAAGAGUGGUGAGACACCGGAAUAUAUCCUAACGGCAUUAGUCGCGUCGAUUGCCGAAGCGGAAAGCUUGGAGGCUGCUACAAAAGCUAAUGCGGAUCUUUCCAACCAUAAAGUUAGCUCAGUGAUAAAUUUACCUACGUUUUUGAAGCAAAGCGAAAAGGUACCAGCAGAAGUAUUAGACCAGCUUAUAUCAAACAAGCGACUUUAUAACAUAGUAUUACAGAAUUAUCCAUCAUUACUUGCACUAAGGAGUAAUUCCGAACAGAAACUACCCACAGAACCGCCCCCGUCCAAAGCGAAACCAGUGAAAAUGUCCAUGAAGCUGAAACUCAGUAAGAAAGAGAAGAAAGACUUUGCAUCUAAGCUGGACGUUGUGAAGGAGAAGUUACUGCAACCGAUACCAGAAAACAAGGUCAUAAUACCGAAAGCUGAACGGCAGGCUUGGUUCUCGAGACAGAUCCAAACCGAUCAUCAUUAUUUCAGAGAGAUAAGGGUGCACAGGAAUUCGAUAAUGCAUCGCGGGGCAAUGAUGAACAUUGCCAAGUACAAACUCCGUGCGUCGUCUUGUCCAGAUAUUUAUAGAAAUUCUAUGUGGUCCGUUGAAGACCACGAGGAAAAGACAUGGGGACGACGACUAAUAGACACGAUCAACAAAACAUUUGAUUUCAACAUGUUCACGGAGUUCCAUUUCCUAAUGAUGAACUUAUCCACGCUGGUGCUGUUCAUAUGGUUCAUAGUACCUUACUUCUACAUAUCCAGUUUCAUGCAGAUGCGGGGCUACUCCGAAGUAGACGGCUCUUGGUUACUGAGCACUUUUGGCAUUGCUACCAUAAUUGGAAUAGUGGGCCUCGGUUGGAUGGGCGAUCUGCCCUGGGUGAACGUGACCAAGACUUACGCGAUAUGCCUCGUAUUCUGCGGCAUAUCGAUAGUAAUGUUCCCGGUACUGAUACGAGUAUUGGAUCCGGCAUCGCCGGCCAGUUUCUACGUUCUAGCCAUCAACGCGGCGAUUUUUGGAUUGAUGUUUUCCAGUUCAUAUUCUUACACGCCCAGUAUAUUGGUGGAGCUGAUUGCGCUUGAAAGGUUUACUAUGGCGUAUGGCCUGGUGCUACUCAGUCAGGGCGUUGGCCAUCUGAUUGGUCCCCCUAUAGCUGGAGCUCUCAAAGAUUCGACCGGCCAAUGGGACGCGGCGUUCUACUUGGCUGGUAUAUGGGUGAUCGUUUCCGGUGUCCUUGUUGGCGUCAUACCUUACACCCAGAACUUCAGGAUGUGCGGCAACGCGCCCCUGGCCAAGGACGCGGCCGGCGAGCCUGACCCUGGAAUCAAAAUUAUUAUAGCACAUUAAAUUUUGAGGUUUCGAUUUAAGUCGUCAAGUGUUUGCUUUCAGAUUAAGUUUUAUUUUUUAUUUUUAUUGCUUAGAUGGUUGGACGAGCUCACAGCCCACCUGGUGUUAUAAGGUUACUGGAGCCCAUAGACAUCUACGACGUAGGUAAAUGCGCCACCCACCUUAAGAUAUAAGUUCUAAGUUCUCAGUAUAGUUACAUCAUUCUGCUUCACACUUUCGUGGUUAUCUACAUUGCAAAAUUUUUUUUGGAAGGAAGGAUUACUGGUGGCCUUGAGCCCUUUCCAGAUUCACCAAGGCAUGUAGGUGAACAAAGGCUCAGCCAGGAGGGACGAGGUUUUCUAAGAGCUUAAACCUUUAGGUUUCAAUUUAAGUCCUCAAGUGUUUUGCUUUCAGCUUAAAUCAUUCUGCUUUACACUUUCGUGGUUAUCUACAUUGCAUACUUUUUUUUGAUAGGAAGGAUUACUAGUGGCCUUGAGCCUUUUCCAGAUUCACCAAGACAUCUGGGCGAGCAAAGGCUCAACCCAGGGAUGGGAUUUUUUAAGAGCUGCCCGAGCGUCUUUGGACGAGACUUAACCACUCAAGGGCAGCUGAUUCUCGAAUGCAUAUUAAUUGGGCCGUAAGUGUCACAUUUAACGUGGUUCCGAUAUUUCAGCGUAUUGCAAGCGUCAUGACGAUGGUUAGACUGAAGACUGUGGGUAGGAUGUUGGGAACAGAUAAACCUAUCUACCCUCUUUCUGAUCUAUUUUUGGAUGCUACCACUGGAACUCGUUGAUUAGUACCGACAGUAGCGGGUACACUUUCUGUAGGAUUAUAUGUGAAAAUUGUUGUAAGACCCCGAUUAUCUCUAGUGGGUUACAUUAAUCGACAUUCAAAGGCGACAUUAUUUCGAGGUGAGCGUUCGCAUUGCCAUCGAAAUACGACCAUUAAUUAGUACUGAUGACUGAUUCAGACUUACUUUACUACUUACUAUUUUGAAAUUUGUGAAGGUGAGAGGAAAUGCGUUUUUUUUUUUGGUAAUAAUAAUAAAGCUAAUGAAAACAAAAAGAAAAUCUAUUAACCAAUAGAAGACAAAAAUUGACGUAACUGGUUUGUGCAGUUAUAAACAAAUUUUUUUUCUGACGCCACAUCCAUAUUCAGUAUUUAUGUAGUUACUGAUUUAUUAAAAUUCAGAACUCUUUAAAAUCUUUUUUAAAUCCUAUUGUACUUAGAGCUUCAAACAAUUUGCGUGUUUGGAUUUUGAUUUUUAAAAAUCGAAACUUCGUGAUUAGUUACAUACGUAUAAUAAAUACAGCCGCGUGCUGGGUCGAGCUUAACUAAGUAUUUAAUUUAUAAUCAACUUUUUGAUUUUCCGACACGACGUACUGAAAAUAGCUACCAAUUCAUUAAUCGGUUUCUGGGAUUAUUCUUCAUCUCUGUAAGAUGCAGCGAAAUCCCUUACUAACCUCAAAUGAGAGAGAAUUUAAUAGAUCCAAGCGAGUGAUAGACAAGAGCUUACAGUAGAGGGAAUUUCCCCCGCUAACGUACGCUAAGGGCCGAAGUAUCACCAGUCGUAGGCGCUGUAAUUAUUCCGUCUAUCCAAAGCUGGUCUAGAUGACGUCACGGGUGUCACCUGGUUGCUUGUUCACAACACGCGUAUAAAGCAACUUACGUCAUCUACCUCCACGGGAAGAUGCGCCUAUAUGAGAAAUAUAACUAAAGGACUACAACACCUAUUAUCUGUGUGCUUAUUGCGAAUUUUUUAACGUUUUCGAUAACGUAAAAGUUAACUCAAAUUUGUAGAGUUGGAACGUUCGGCUACGUUUGCCGCUAGGGGCGCUGUUCCAACUGCAUACAAAUUUAAGUUAACUUUUACGCUAUCGAGCACGUUAAAAAACUCGCACUAAGCACACUCAUCACUCGGCCACUUUAAGUAGAUACUUAUUGUUCUCAUAGAAACCUUUCACAGAAUUGUAUUUGUUGUACCUGCGUAUUAAUGAAAAAUCAAACAAGACCCAACCCUAUUCUUGAGUGUAUUAGCACAAAUUUUUAAUAAAGUGCGAAGUAUUUUUAACAGUAAUUGUGUAUUUUUUAUGCUUUAUUUACAAGCCCCGAGGUGAUUUUUAGUAAUUUUAAGAUAAUUUUGAUACUUAAUUGUUUAGUAGGCUGCAAUGCAGAUUAUUUUGUAAUGUGUGUAACUCUGUGUACAUUUACGUAAUAGACUUUUGUAAGAUUACGAAUUGACAUUCAGUUUUCGAAUACUAUUGCCAUGUUUCUUAAGUGAACACUACAGUUCGAUUUUGUGUUUGUUUUAAUUAUACUAAUAAAACGUUUUAAUCCAUUUUUA